AUGACAUCCAACCACCCACUCUUUCCUCCCUCUGCUCACCUCGGCGUCAAAAGACCCAUCGCUUCCAGCUCAACCUCUACCUCUACCUCGAACGCUUCUCCUUCUCCUUUUCCCUCAACCUUUACGACAAAGAGUACGACACCGGCGACGACCCCGCCUAGGUCUUGUCGCCGUCCGAGCCCGUUGAGGAACAAUUCUUUUUGCUCGGACGAUCUCGAUAGGGAUGGUGACCGUGAUGACGUCAAGCGCGGUCGAGCAGAAGGAGAAGAGGAGGAUGCGGAUGGGGAUGAGGAUCAAGGGAUGAUGAGCAGUUUUUGUGAGAGCAUCGACGAGAACGAGGCGCAGGGGAGUGAGGUGGAGCACGACGAGUCCAAGGCGAAGGCCCAGGCUGGGCUUGGGUCCGAGUGGAAGUCUGCAUCGGGACUCGGUGCGGGAUCCAAGUUCCCGUUGAAGAGGGAGCCGAGUAACAGGCCGAAGAGGAGGGAUUCGGGGAGCGAGGUCGAAGAUGCUCUCGAGUUGGAUUUUGCUAGCCCGUUCGUCCAGGCUGAGAGGACGGGGAAGGAGGACGUGGACAUGCACCAUUCAGCCGGGGAGGUCGAUCCGGCCGAGAAACCUAGGGCCAAAUCAACUUCGAUCUCGUCUGCUACCUCGGGGACGGGAACGCUAGCGGGAUCGGCGGGGAGGACUUAUCCCGGUUCUAUGGGGAGAACGAUCAAUUACAACCCUUCCCACUCGACCUUGUCCUCCAACUCGACUUCGAAAUCCAGCUUUAUCCGACCUAAACCUUCGUUCCCCCGUUCGGCGCCUCUGCGACCGUUAACCCUGGCUUCCCUAUCACACUCCGGCGGGUCUAGCUCUGGACCUAUCUUAGGAGCCGGAGGGAGGUACUCGACCCCUCAUGCGGGGAUGAUGGCUGCUGGUUCUUCUGGUGCCGGUGCUGCAGGGAAAGUUGCGGUACCUUCUAGAGCACACAGUACACCUGUUCCUCUGCGAGUCUUUCGUUCUAAGCACAACUCGGUCACAAUUCUCAUCAUGGCUAAGAUAAUGCCCGAACUCGAAAUGCGGAACACCUCUGCUCAUGCGUCGAAGGUUGUCGCCAAACUUCCCGACUCAUGUCAAUACUCACGAUUGGUUGUGCGUUCUGAACUGCCGGUCCAUCGUGAUAUAUAUCCGAUGGCUGAAGCGUCGACAUCCGGCCCUGUGCGGCAGUACUUGAGGUCUGGGGACAAUCGAGAUAGGAAGUCUGUUGAUACCCUGUUGAUUGCGGGACAGACCACGCUUCGAAGUCUAGAUCACUUGGACCAAGGGUACCAUCGUCUGUGCCGAUUUGGUACCAAAAUGCAUUGGUCAGAUAUUCGUCAACACAUAUAUUCCCCUGACCAUGAACGGCAAGGACAGAGCAUGAGUCGAGCAAUCAGUCAAUACCUUCCUAGCCUUCCUUUCAUUGCCAUAUUUAUGCUCUGCCCGAUGUACCGUCUCGAGGCCUUUGAUUACGUGAUCCAAGUGCAAUGGGACAUGCAAUCACCCUAUAUGACCAGUGGAGGACGCCUAUCUUCCUCUGCCAUCUCUUCCGGAUCGACCAAUACAGAGAUGAUCGUCUCGUGGCUCCGGAACAAUCAACGAUCGCACGGGGAUUGA